AUGUUUAGAGCCAACAACAUCACCUCUUCGGGAAGGCGGAGUGUCCGAUACUUUAGCUCAGCGCACAGACAGCAAGCAAAGGUCGUAUGUGCUCUUUACCCUGAUCCGGCCGUGUAUCCGCCCAAGUAUGCGCGUGAUUCCGUACCGAAUGUAGGUUUAGACACAUGUCCUUCUGACCCCUGGGCACGCCCCGAGUUAACACCUGGGCAACUUCUAGGCUCAGUGUCCGGUGAGCUGGGUUUGCGGUCGUGGUUGGAGGCUCGAGGUCAUACUCUGGUAGUCACCUCUGACAAGGAUGGGCCGGGGUGUGAGUUCGAGAGGGAGCUGAAGGAUGCCGAUAUUGCCAUUUCACAACCCUUCUGGCCUGCUUAUAUCACAAAAGAGCGUAUGGAGCAGAGCCCCAACCUGAAGAUGUGCAUCACAGCUGGGAUUGGGUCGGACCACGUAGACCUGGAGGCAGCCAAUGACCGCAAGAUUGCUGUCACAGAAGUCACCGGAUCGAAUGUUGUCAGUGUCGCUGAGCAUGUGGUUAUGAUGAUCCUAGGGUUGGUUCGUAACUACAUCCCAUCCAACAAAAUCGCUACCAGCGGUGGCUGGGAUAUCGGAGAAUGCGCAUCUCGAGCAUACGAUCUCGAGGGCAUGAAUGUAGGUACAGUGGCCGCGGGUCGUAUUGGACUACGUGUAAUGAGACGCCUCCAUCCCUUUGACGUGAAGUUGCACUACUACGAUCAUCAUCGCCUGCCAGAGGCAAUUGAAAAGGAGUUGAACGUGACCUACCACCCCACAGUCGAGAGUCUCGUGGAAACAGUGGAUGUCGUCACUAUCAACUGUCCACUUCACCCCGAGACGGAGAAUCUCUUUGACGAAAAGCUUAUUGGUAAGAUGAAGAAGGGGGCGUACAUUGUCAACACUGCAAGAGGCAAGAUUUGCGACAAGAAUGCAAUUAAGGCCGCGCUCGAGUCUGGCCAGCUUGCAGGUUACGCCGGAGAUGUCUGGUUUCCCCAGCCUGCACCAGCUGACCAUCCAUGGAGAAACAUGCCCCACGCUGGAAUGACCCCACACUACAGUGGAACAACCUUGUCUGCUCAGGCCCGUUACGUCGCUGGUGUAUUUGAGAUCCUAGAGAACUACUUCGAGGGCAAGGAGCAGCGCCACGAAUACCUAAUUUGCCAGGACGGAAAGCUUGCCGGUGCUGGAAAGCACAGCUACACGUCAGGCAACACUACUGACGGUUCGUACGCAGCUGCGAGUGCUUAA